GCCACCCUCGGCAGCUGUCAGACUCAGGACCUCUUCACCCAAACGGCGAAAAACACGCUUGCUCGCUAAGCGGGACUGAUGAAUCCAGUGUGUUUCCGAGCAGAGGUGGUCUGCUAAGUAACAGAGAGUGCAGAUAUUUCCCAGCCCAUCAUCACCAUGGAGCCCGCCAACAACUAUGUACUGAUCCAUGGGAAGAACAUAUCCCAUAAUAUCCUUGCAGGCUCCGGUGCUGGGCCCCACAUGUCCAUCGACAAACUGUUCCCAGCUCUCCUUGAGUGCUUUGGCAUCAUAUUAUGUGGCUACAUAGCUGGCAGGGCAGAUAUCAUCACAGAGAGCCAGGCGAAGGGUUUGGGGAACUUUGUGUCUAAGUUUGCUCUUCCAGCUCUGCUCUUUAAAAACAUGGUGCUGUUGGACUUUGGAGACGUCAUCUGGGCAUUUCUCUGGAGUGUCCUGGUCGCUAAGGUGACAGUGUUUGUGCUGGUAUGUGUGCUGACACUGAUGGUGGCCAGUCCAGACAGCAGGUACAGCAAGGCUGGUCUGUAUGCCAUCUUUGCUACGCAGAGCAAUGACUUUGCCUUGGGAUACCCCAUAGUUGAUGCUUUGUAUCGGAGUACAUAUCCAGAAUACCUCCAGUACAUCUAUCUAGUUGCCCCGGUCUCCCUCAUGCUCCUCAAUCCCAUCGGUUUUGCUCUUUGUGAGGUGCAGAGGUGGAGACAGGCCAGUCAUCCACAGCACAGUACUCUUGGCGUCCUGGGAGUUGUAGUCUUGCAGGUGUUGAAGAACCCAGUAGUGUUUAUGGUGAUAGUGGGAAUCAUCUCCCAUUUUGCCCUGGGCCAGCGUAUCCCUGCUGUGUUGUCGGAGUUCAUCGAUGGCCUAGCCAACUCUUUUGGAGGGGCAGCCUUGUUUUACCUUGGCCUCACAAUGGUCGGCCAGCUGAGAAAACUAACCAGAGACACUGGAGUUGCCUUGAUUCUCCUCAUCACAGCCAAACUCCUGGUGAUGCCACUGGUCUGUAAAGACAUGGUUGAUAUUCUGGAUGUAGGAGUGAACAGCACGAGUGCCAACCACACCAGUUUGUCCAACUUUGCUUUCCUGUAUGGAGUCUUCCCCACCGCACCUAGUGUGGCCAUCUAUGCUGGACAUUACAACAUGGAGUUAGAGGUGGUAACCUCAGGGAUGGUAAUCAGUACGUUUCUGUCUGCACCGAUCAUGUAUGUGUCGGCCUGGUUAUUAACCAUUCCUCUCAUGGACCCGACCCCCCUGGUGACAGAGCUUGAAAAUGUUAGCUUCAACAUCAGCAUUGUCAGCCUUGUGGCACUGGUGUGGACCAUAGCGGUGAUGUUGCUCAGCAGGAAAUUUAACAGACUUCCUCACCUCUUUGCCUUAAAUCUCUUCCUGGCUCAGUUUUUGGUGUGUGUCAGUAUGAUACUGUGGAACUUCUUGGUGAAACAAGAGGAUAAUCUGCUCGGCAAAAUUUUCACCUUCACUCUGCUCUACGGGUCUCUGUACAGCACCUACAUUUGGACUGGCUUAAUCCCUCUUUGUCUGGCUCUGACUAACAAAGAUGAUCUGCUGAGACUCCGUCCGGGGGUAUUCAUGAUCUUGGGUUGGGGAGUCCCCUUCCUCAUGGUUGGAGGUCUUCUGAUAGCAGGAGAGAGGACUGAUACCAUAGACUCCGCCUUCUUCUAUGGCAGAGCUCAGAUAAUCAGCACAGCAGUGGUGCUUUCAGUCAGUCUGGUGCUCGGUGCGUUAUCUCUGAUGGGUCUCAGCCAGGGAGACAGGGAGCAGAGAGGCUACCAGGCCCUGAGCAGAGCUGCUGUAACAGGCAUCAGCGAAGAGCUGAGGACCCCUGGUGGCUUGGAGGAUUCACAACAACCACCACAACAACAACAGACACAGAUGACAGAUUCACCUGCCUGCAGCAUCAACUCAGACGUCCACAGUUUCUCUCCUGUACAGAACAUGCCUGACAUGAUAGCCAGCACGCAAAGGGAACACACAAAUGACACAGGCCACAGCGGGGCGCUGUGCGAUGGGCAGCAGCAGAGUUCUUCCUCCUCAGAGCAACCACUGAACCUGCCACCACCUGGGCUUCAACCCACCGAUGAUAAACAGACAGUCAGACACGUCCUGCUCUGUCUGCUGCUCAUUGUCAGCCUGUUAGCGAACCUGUCCAGCUGUCUCUGGUGGUUGUUUAACAAAGAUCCAGGAAGACUUUACCUCGAACUACAGUUCUUCUGCGCCGUGGCAAACUAUGGACAGGGUUUCCUGUCCUUUGGGAUCUUUGGUCUGGACAGACACCUCAUUAUCUUGCCUUUCAAGAAGAGGUUGCUCGGCCUGUGGCAGGGCAGGGACAGUGAAAAUUUGAGUCCCUCAGGCGUACCAGAGGAGGUCAGGCUCACCUGUACCCAAUUUGUUCGUUACCACAAAGACCAGUGUGUACAAGACAUAGUACACACACGCAGGUUUGAUGGAGGACGAGGACUGGAGGAGGUGAAUGGGGUUUUGAGACACUCCCCCUCCCAUCAGCCCCAGUACCUACACAUGCAUCAGGAUCUUGAGGAGCAGCUAAACCAGGAGCCACGAAAUCUGAACCAGAUUCCUCAAACCCACAAUCCACCUCCGUCCCGACCCUGGCUGGAGCCUGAGGUUGAACGCCAAUCUCAUAUUCCCAACUCUGAUAUUCCAGAGGAGCAGAUUUCCCAGCUCCAGUCUGACCAAGCCCGUGACCCAGCUACUCCUCAACACCGGCACCAGCAUGUCCCCUCCCCUCUCCAUCAACAUCCACAGUUCCAUGUGAAAAGUGUGUUUCGGGGCAGCGACCUGGUGGACUGGCUGGUUGAGCGGGGCCUGUGCGCCGGGCGAGCCGAGGCCCAGCUGUACGGAGUUCGCCUUCAGCAGGGAGGAGUGUUAGAUCACCUGACAGGUCAGCACAGCUUCAGGGAUGAGGCUGGUCUGCUGUACCACUUCACGCAGGAGAGAGGGGAGGUACGGUCCCAGAACAUGUGAGGGGUUAAGGAGUGGAAGGUGAGGUUGGGAGUGCAAGAUAGGGAGGAGGAAAUGGAGAAGAAGUGGAGAAAGAUGAGACAGAAAAGAGGGUUUCCCCUAACCCUAACGGACUUCAGGGUGUAAAGCAGCAACCACAGUGGAUGAGUGCCAAAGCAGAACUUCCUUAAGGUGCAGUUUUUUUCCUACUAGCACUAAAUGCUGAGUCUGCAAACGAGACAGACCCACAUCUUCUCUGGAGAAAUUUGCUUUUCCUCCACAGCAGUCUAGUUAAUGCAUGUGACUUUGGUGAUUCUGGCACAUAAAGAUGAUAUUCAGUGGUACGUUUCAUAGCAUGUUUGCCUUGAUUGACAGUUGUCUUUGACUGGUCAUGGUGGUUGCUGCUUGCUUGUCCACUCACCCUGUGGCCCAAAUGUUAGUUUCUAGCUCCAACCACCGAGAGACUUUGUUUGAACAGGUGAUGUGAGACAUAGCACACAUAAAAGAGCAAGAACAAGAGACAAGUGAUAGCUGGGAUUGUGGAGACGUUUAAGAAAGAAUACAAAGGUGAAAGACAGCGAAACAGCACCCCCUGCUGGUACUUCACCCCUCCUGGCUCUGGACCAGUAACUCCCCUUUUUUUUUUCUUUUUUUUAAGUUUUUCAUUUUUGUCACUGCUCUGAACUCAGCAGACUUUGAUUAUAGCUUUUUGAUUUUAGUUGCCCUGAGAUGUGAACAGGAUCGAAUCACUGUCCAAGAAGUGACAGAAAAGUGAUUUUUCCUUUUUUGAGCCAAUGAAUUUUUUUUUUUUUAAGGACACGUUGUCGCCUGUUGCCCUCAAAUAUCUUAUUAUUUAUGUGACAUCUGAGUGCCAGUGGUGAGAAGAUAAUUAGAGCAGAGCAGAAACUGACAGUACUACAUGUUUACUGUUAGCCAGUGAGCUGCUGGGCUGCUCACUGAAAGCCAGUGUUCUCACCUGCUCCUUCUGUUUUACGUGGUCAUGUUUUCUUUCAGAUUACCUGAAAUCACCCUCAGUCUGCCUGUUAUUUCAGUAUUUGAUAUUUUGCACGCUGUGUCUUUGAAGCACUCUGGUCUACGCUGACUACUUGCAUGAUUGAGAGCAGCACAGACUUCUGCUCAGCACUGAAACUUUUGCACUGACUGAAUAAUAACAUUCGUCAUGUUUUUAAAUUAUGCAACUCACUGGAUAUUUGUGUUGUGAUGAUGCCGCGGAUGGCGAUUUUUAUCUUUGCGUUAUGUAAUUGUGUUUCCGUUGUCGAUGUGAAACAUUCGUUUAGGACCGAUUGUGGUCAUGUUACUUUCAGCCAGGCUUGGAAAAUUAGCACAGAUGCCUUUCCAGCCAAAUCUGCCACUAGCUUGAUUUGAGAAUUCAGCCCAGGCCAAACCUGAACUCCAGUGAUUUCUUUGCCUCUAAGUUGAACCUACAGGAUUUGAGAUUAAGUUUCUUAAACCUUGAAAAGACCUUUAUCUACAAUACCUCUAUGAAUCUGAAUUUCUUGCUUGACACUUUGAUAAGACUGAUACAGUCCUAAAACUGACAUAGCCACAAUUUAGGGUCCUCAUUUUUUGGCAUAACAAUCUAGCUCGCUGUAUAUUGUACACAAAACCACAAGUGAACUGUUUGCAAAUGCUAAAGCUGGCAGCUCUGACUACACUACAGCUAUUAUUUGUAUUAUUUGCUCCUGUCACUUUAGAGUUUACAGUGUUUUGGCAUUGUUGUAGAAGAUGGAUGGAUGGUGAUAUAUGUACAGCAGCAACAAAGACCUCACUAAUGUCAGUCUGAUGCUAUAAUGAGUAUGAAAUCUACUUUCCAGAUUUCCAUGAAACUUGACUUAAAUAUUCAUUGUCCUGUGAGCUGAAUUUCUAAUUUGGUGACCCCUGACCUUUCAUCUAGGGCUUAAUGUCCAAAGAGAGGAUAUUAUUCUGUUCUACUGGAUCCUGUACGUGUGCAUAUAUUUCCAUCUUUGUGUCUUCUGCCAACAUUUAAGUUCAUGCAGUUCACAUCAGGUCUUUGUGUUUGCUGAGUUGUUACAAAUGAGAUUUUGCGAGUGCCUGCCUCAGCCAGUGUGAAGGUGUGUGUCUUUGUGUGCAUGAACAAAAAUGUUUGAGUUUCUGUGUGAUGUAUGUGUGGGGAAAGUACGGACACGGAGCAGGAGAGAUUUUAAUAUGUGGUGCGGCAGUGUGCUGUAACUGUGUGUAACUGUGGAUGUUCAGGUUCAAGUGUGUUGCUGUCAAUCAGGGUCAGUGACUGUGUGACCAUA